AUGGCGUGGCGGCCGCUGCUGCUGCUGCUGCUGCUGCCUCUCUGCCCGGUGCAAGGACGGCUCGCGCUCUCGGACUUCGUGUCGAGCGUCACGCUGAGCCCCACGUUCAAGGCCAAGAUCGCGACCGCGGGGCCCGUGACGGCCACGUACGGCGUGUCGUUCCCGCUCGAGCUCGAGAUCGCCGGAGAAGGAGGCGAGGACGGCCGCGAGGCGCUGCUGCGAGCCGCGCAAAUGGCGCUGGAACACACGGGCGUGGACGGCGCCGCGUGCGUCCGCCGUGCCCAGUGCGAGGCAGCCGGAGGGCGGCUGGCGCGGCACGGGCUCGUCGGCGAGGUGCUCGACCUGUUUCUCAGAGGUCCCCGGUGCGGCCGACAGGAGCGAAGUGGCCUCAACUGCUCGCAGGAGUUCCGAUCUUGCCCUUACAGCCUCUUCACAGCAGCUGGCACCGAAUAGAAGACUACUGCCACGACCUACUAGAAUUAUGUUAUGCAUGGAGGCAGAAGUGAGCCAUUCAUCAAAAUUCAGCAAUUCUUCACUUUCCCAAACAAAUCCUAAGAUAUUUUCCUGCAUCCAAAUAUAGUAGCUCUUUUAGUUAUAAUACCUAUUGCCUCUCUAAAUUCCUCCACCCGUUUCCUGGUAAAACGCAACCAAAAAUAGCAGCGUUUGUAAAUCACGCAAAGAAAUCAGAGCUAAAGUGUAAACCCCAUGCAAGCGAUCUUGCGCGUGAGAGCGACAAGCGAUGUGAUGGAGAUGGCUGUCGCGUUCUCUCGUCGCUAACAAGUCGCACCCCAUGCGAGCGACGAUUUCGAGCGACGUCUCCCCGGUGUUGCCGAUAUUUGAGGGCAGCAAAUACGCGCUGAUAAUAGCGUGACGCAUGCUUUAUUAAUGGAAGUUGAUGUAUUUUGGUGUAAAAAGCACCAUAAUAUAUUUCUGGUGGUCUUGCAGUGUGUUUUUAUUCUUGCACAUAUAAAUAUCCAAUCUUUUGCUCGUUCCGUGCGAUAAUCGUUAGUAUUUGAGUGACAUACAUCCAGUUCCACUUCACGCUAUGGGCUAGUCGCUCAUAGGACAUCCGGGCGACGAGCGACGAACUCUAGGUUUCCAGAAUCGAGCGAUUGAGCGACAAGACCGAGCGAUCUGUUCAAGCCACGGCCUGUUUCUUCGCUCGAAGCCGUCGCUCGGCGCCGUCGCACACAAGAUCGCUCUCAUAGGGUCUAGCCUUAAACGUAGGCUUGUUGUCACGGUCGACAUCUUUGCUUUUGAUUGCUGUCGCUCCGUGCUAGAGGCGGGGUCAGGAGGAAUGUGUGGCAGUGCCGCCGGCAAGUCUGGUGCAGUUGAAGACUAAAUGAGACCUCUGUUUAUACUGAAGAUUCGCUAUGCGAUGGAACGAGAGAGUUGAGAGUUGCCUGGGAUUAUAGGUAAAGCAACUGACGUGCAAUAGUUAGAAAGCAAUCGUUCGCUGCUUCCUCCCACUGUACACGAAUCCUUUCUCGCCGUGUAGCUUGGCUUCGGGUUGCGGAAAAUGUGUUUUUGACGGGAUAUUGCGUGUGGAGACAACUUAAAGAUGACGGCACUAAGACGACAAGACAGCAAUUAUCACGGUGGCUGUUAAGCAUUAUAACGGUGACAUCACAACUGCGAAAGUAUAAGGAUGAUAGAACGACAAUGAUGGCAUCGACGGCGGAAGAGCGGUGACUGCGAUAAUAUGACGAAUACAACUGAAUACCGAUGAUCAACGUAUGAUGACAGUAGUAUGACGACAGUGUGACGUAGAAGAUGACGGCAACGGUGAUGAUGCCUGUACGGUGACAACGGUGCCGUGCUGUUGACGACAGCGGAAUGGCGAAGGCAAGAACCAGACUACUGUGCGACGAUGUCAUUUGACGACUGAUGUGCUGCUGGGAUAAACUGUUCUAUUUAUACAUUGUAUAGGUGGCGCAUAGUCAAUAAAAAUGCUUCGUACAACAAUGA